AUGGGGAUCACUGUGGAGCAGGCGGUGGUUGCCCAGCUGCCGGGUUCACCCUACUUCAGCAAGUUCUGCAAGCCCGGCCGUGCCUGCAUUGAUCCAGGCCUGUACGCGGUGGUCGGAGCUGCGGCCUGC